AUGGGGAGAAUAAAAUUGGAGUCUUUGGAGUGGAAAAGCGGUGGAUUUUUGCCAAAUUCUCAAUUAGGUUUGUUUGAAUGUAGUUUACUCCCAAUUGAUGAUGAUUGCAAGAAUAAAAUUUACCCUCCUGGAGUUGGUGGUCUCUUUGCAUCUGUAGGCCAAAUGGGGAAGAACAUGGGAGUUGGUGUUUCCCAAAAUUCUUCUUCCCCUGAUAAGCAUUCCAGAAACGGGGAAAAAGAAGGUUUUAAGUUACCAUACACUGAUUUUUAUGUGAAAUAUUUGCCAUCACAGGAGGAGUUUGGGGUUAAGAAGAAAAGGGGUGGGAAGCAAUUCAAGGUUAAGAUUGCAAAUCCUUCAUUGAGGAGGUUGAUUAGUGGGGCGAUUGCUGGUGCAGUUUCCAGGACUGCUGUUGCACCAUUGGAGACAAUACGAACUCAUCUGAUGGUCGGGAGUAGCGGCCAUUCUGUUAUUGAGGUAUUCAAUAAUAUAAUGGAGCAUGAUGGUUGGAAAGGAUUGUUUCGGGGCAAUCUGGUUAAUGUGAUCAGAGUUGCCCCCAGCAAAGCCAUUGAGCUGUUUGCUUAUGAUACUGUCAAUAAGAAUCUGUCACCAAAGGCCGGAGAACAGUCCAAACUGCCUUUACCUGCAUCACUAAUUGCAGGAGCCUGUGCUGGAGUGAGUUCCACUUUGGUGACAUAUCCUCUCGAGUUAAUCAAGACACGACUAACAAUACAGAGGGGAGUUUAUAAUGGUUUAUUGGAUGCAUUUGUCAAAAUAUUAGAAGAGGGUGGACCUGGAGAGCUUUACAGAGGUCUUGCUCCUAGUCUUAUUGGAGUGAUCCCAUAUGCUGCGACAAAUUACUUUGCCUAUGAUACCUUGCGGAAGUUAUACAGAAAAAUUGCCAAACAAGAAAAGAUUGGGAAUAUUGAAACCCUUUUGAUUGGCUCUGCGGCUGGCGCUAUUUCCAGUAGCGCUACUUUCCCGCUUGAGGUAGCCAGAAAGCACAUGCAGGUAGGAGCAGUUAGUGGCAGGCAAGCCUACAACAAUGUGAUACAUGCCCUUGCCUGCAUACUCGAACAAGAAGGGAUUCAAGGUCUUUAUAAAGGGCUUGGACCGAGCUGUAUGAAGCUUGUACCAGCUGCAGGGAUUUCAUUCAUGUGUUAUGAAGCAUGUAAGAGGAUAUUGGUAGAGAAAGAAGAUGAAGAGUAG